UAUUAAUUGGUCGCAAUGAAUUUCACGCGAACUAUUGAGGACGCUCAAAAUUUAAUUUUGGCUUUUCGUCAAGUGAACAAAUACGUGUUCGAUAAUUUAACGGAAGAAGAUAAAAAUGUUUGGUUGGGUCGUUUACGCAGAAACAUCAUUCGGUGCAACAAGAUUGUUCGUAGUCCCAAAAAAAAUAUAUCCAUGGGGUUACAAAGAAAAAUACAGACAACAAUUCAACAUCUUAAGACUAUUAAACAAAUGAUUUUAAAUCAUCGCUACCAUUUUGGAAUGGGGUUGCAAAACAACAGUCCCGUAAAUAUAAAACAAAGGGUUUUGUGGGAGCAGAUCGUGUCUUGUUUCCAGGGAAGAGUUUUAACGGGUGUAAUAAUCAAUUUGAAACACAGAGACGAACAACAGUUUUUAAACGACUGUCUUGUCAUAUUUAAGAAAAAAAUUUCAAAAAUUUUAAAACAAGCGUCGCCAAUGCUAAAAGUAAAUGCCAUCGUUUUGCGGGGAAUUUAUAAAGAGAAAAAGCGACGACCAAGACGUGACCGACGUGAAAUAUAUUUCUACCAAAAAUGCUGUCAUCGACUUGGGGACGGAUUUAAACGAAUGGUUCGUUGAAAAUGUUAAAAGUCAAAUUCUAAAUAAAUUGUCUGAAUUUCAAGAACGCGAUUCGGGAUUUGCCUUGCAAAAAAUUCUUUAUUUGGAAAUUAAUAUUAACAAAUUUGAAGUGGGUAACGGCUCUUCCUACAUUGAAUUGCCCCCAGAAAUUAAGAGAAAAAAUGCAUGCAUUAAUAUUCAAAAUAAUGACGAAGCCUGUUUUUAUUGGUCAGUGGUCUGUGCUUGUUUUCCUGUACAUCGCAAACAACACUUACCAACUUCAUAUCCUUAUUAUAAGGGCGUUUUAAGAACUGAAAAUUGCCCAACACCGAUGGGUCUAAAUCAAAUUCAUAUAUUUGAAAAAUUCAACGAAAUUUCCGUAAAUGUGUACGUUUUAGAGUUAAUUCAAAAUAACAGUAAAAGUUUUUAUUCAGUGCUACCGGCCCAUUUGACUAAAGAAAAACGCGAAAAACAUGUCAAUUUACUAUUAAUUCAAAAUAAGUAUUAUCCAAAAAUUAAUGAUUUUGAUCCGGAACCGACGACGGCAGAGGACCAUAAAUAUGAAAAAGAAGAAGAAAUUAAAUAUCAUAAUUGUUAUAUUAAAAAUUUAUCUCGACUAGUGUCGCGCCAGCUUAGUAAACAUAACGGUAAAAAAUAUAUUUGCGAUAGGUGUUUGAAUUACUUCAGUAGCGAAACGCUCUUAAAGGAUCAUGAAAGGUUGUGUGUCAGUUUGAACGAUUAUAAAGUGUCUUUUCCCAAAUACGACUAUGUUGAAUUUCGAAACCAUAUAUACAAACAAACCGCGCCAUUUGUAAUCUACGCCGAUUUCGAAAGUCAACUUAAAGAUGUAAAUUUGGUAAUUUCAGACAAAACGCGAAAAUAUCAAAAGCAUGAGGCAUAUAGUGCCGCAUAUUAUUUUAAAUGUUCUUAUGACGAUUCUUUGUUCUUUUUCGAAUCCUAUCGCGGCCCAGAUUGUAUGGAUUGGUUCGUCCGACAAAUAUCUUACUUAUCGAAAUUUGUCCAAUCGAAAUUUAUUGAUAUCGCACCCAUGGAAGGGUCAAUUACUUUCUCUCAAGUUUCGACACAUUGUCAUAUUUGCGAAGAACCUUUCUCACCGAAAGACGUCAUUGUCUGCGUCCACGACCAUUUUACCGGGAAAUUCAGAAAUUUCGCCCAUCAGGCUUGUAAUUUAAAUUUUAGAAAAUUGUUGAUAGUGCCCGUAGUAUUCCAGAACCUCUCAGGGUACAACGCCCAUUUUAUCCUUAGGGCCUUGGGCAAUAAAGGGUCUUUAAGUUUGGUUCCGGUCAACAAGGAAAAAUACAUAUCUUUUACCUAUUACGAGCCCGUAUAUAAGCUAAAGUUUCGAUUUAUAGAUUCGUUUAGAUUUUUGGGGGCGUCUCUAGACAAUUUGGUAAACAGCGUCGACAAAAAUGAACUUUACAUAUUAAAAAAGGAAUUUUCUCACCUUCAAGACGAAUCAAAACUAAAUUUAUGGUCAUAAAAGGGUGUAUUUUGUUAUGAUUACAUAGACGACUACGACAAAUUAAAUGAGUCCGACAUUAGUAAAGAAAAGUAUGCUCAUGCGCAAAAAGUCUGGUCCGCGUUUGAAAUUAAAAACUUGGGCGAAUAUUCGGAUUUAUAUUUGAAAACGGACGUUAUUCUUUUGGUCGACAUAUUUGAAAAUUUUUGAAAAAAUUGUAUGGUGACGCAUAUUUUGGACCCGGCAUGGUAUUUUAGUAUGCCCGGAUAUACGUGGGACUGUAUGCUUAGAUUCACAAAAUGUCGUUUAGAACUGAUGCGUGACAUUGAUCAGAUUAUGUUUAUCGAACAGGGUAUACGGGUUGGGAUUUCGGUGUGCGUUGGCAAUCAAUCAAGCAAUCAAAUUAUCUCACAUUUUUUGACGUUAACAAUCUUUACGGCAAGGCUAUGUCGGAGCCUCUUCCCUACGGCGGAUUCACAUGGUUGACUCGGGAAGAAAUUGCCUCCCUUAGCAUUAAUAAUGUUCCAGACACGGGCGGGGUAGGCUAUAUUUUGGAGGUAGAUUUGCAAUAGCCUCAGAGUUUACACGAUUUACAUAAAUAUUUCCCAUUUUGUACCGAGCAUCGCGUGCCUCCCAAUUCAAAAUUACCAAAAUUGAUGACAACCCUUUUUAAUAAAACCAAUAACAUUAUACACUAUCGAAAUUUAAAGCAAGCUUUAAAACACGGACUCGUUCUUACUAAAAUACACAGAGUAUUAAAAUUUAGGCAAUCUUGGCUAAAAGAAUAUAUCGAUCUAAAUAAUCACUUACGGGCGCAAGCCACUACCACUUUUGGUAAAAAUCUUUUUAAAUUAUUUAACAACGCGGUGUCCGGAAAAACUAUGGAAAACAUACGUAAGCAUCGGGUCGUAAAAUUUGUUAGAAAGUGGGAGGGUCGUUACGGUGCUAAAAAUUUAAUUGCUAGUCCCCGAUUUCACAAUAGAACUGUACUAGAUGAUAAUCUAAUGUUGGUUUAACUGAAAAAAUCGGAACUUAUUUUUAACAAACCCCUUUACAUUGGAAUGUCAAUUCUGGAUCUAUCUAAAAUUAUCAUGUAUUCGUUUCAUUACGAUUACCUGCUACCCAAGUUAGGUCCGGAGAAAUGUAAAAUUCAGUAUAUGGACACGGACAGUUUCAUUUACAACAUCCAUUGUGAUGAUGUAUACGAAGAGGUUAUUAAGUCCAAUUUAAGCAAAUUCGACACGUCCGACUAUCCCAUUGAUAAUCCAUACAAUAUGCCUCGCGUCAAUAAGAAAGUACUGGGUCUAAUGAAGGACGAGGCCAACGGUUCAAUAAUUUCACACUAUGCCAGACUAAGAUCGAAAAUGUACACUUAUAAAAUCUUAAACGGAAAAACUGUAAAAAAAUCAAAGGGUGUAAACUACCAGAUUGUUAAAAAUAAAAUAACUUUUGAAGAUUUUGUUGAUUGCUUGAAAAAUUUAAAAGAAAAACAUGCUACUCAACGAACCAUUCGUUCUUAUACGCACGAGGUGUUUAGUAUCGAACAAAUUAAAGUGGCGCUAAGUCCGUAUGACGACAAAAGAUAUCUUAUAGCAAACACAUUUGAUACUCUUCCGUGGGGAGAUUACAAGGCACUGUAAUUUUUUUUCUCUGUUGUAGACAAUGACCGAAUUGUUGUCGUUGAAAGAUCUAUGUAUAAAGUCAAUUAGUGAAAACGUUCAUUCUUUUGCACAUUUUCUGCUUGAAACGACCUUACCGAGGACGCUAACGCUACAGAUAAUGGAAAAAUAUCCCGAAUAUAGGUGGAAAUAUAUUAAUGCACUCGCUGUCAAAUGUGAACGACCACCUCCACCAGAUUUGAGUUUGAUAACCCGUCAAAAGAAAGUAUCGUUGGCACAUCGAAAUGCCAUUUUAGUAUGGCCAAGGUAUACAGACCAUCCUUUUGAGCAUUAUAGCUAUUAUUUAUGGGAAAAACACUAUAUAGUGAUGACCCGAACAUUUCUGUUGAUGGUUUGUGAAUCUUGCAAAGACGCUUUUAUAACUUUUGAUGUUGCUAUUCCGAAAUACACUUUGAAUUAGAACCCGAAAAAAAAAAAACGAUGAUCGCCCCCCAUUUCAACGACGGACGGGUUUUCACGGCAGCCCCUCCGAGAUGGCGGGGGGGCGGGGACUCUACCAGCGGGGGCUACGCCCGCCCGCGCGGGCGGGCGGGGCCCCCGAACGGCACGCGGGCAAACGGCUCAUGGGCGAGCGGACAAACUACGCACCACGGACAACGGUUUGGUUGGCACCACUGACAACGGUUUGGUUGGCACCACUGACAACGGUUUGGUUGGCACCACGGACGACGGUUUGGUUGGCACCACGGACAACAAUUUGAAAUGGUUCAAGGAGCGCCGUCACCCAGCCGGGCGGGCACUCUACCAGCGGGGGCUACGCCCCCCCGGGGGCCCCCGCGGGCGACCUACGCGCCACGGACAACGGUUUGGUUGGGCACCACGGACAACGGUUGGCACCACGGACCACGGUUGGCACCACUGACAACGGUUUGGUUGGAACCACGGACAACGGUUUGGUUAGGUUGGAACCACGGACGACAAUUUGGUUAGGUUGGUACCACGGACGAUGGUUUGGUUAGGUUAGGGCGAGUGGACAAUGGGCGAGUGACCUUGAACCCAUGGGCGAGCGGCCAAUGGUCGAACGGCCAGAAGACAAAAGAAGAAGACCUAUGGGCAAGUGGCAAAUGGGCGAGUGACCAAUGGGCGAGUGGCCAGUGGGCGAGUGGCCAAUGGGCGUUUGGCCAACGGACCAAAAAGUGAGGUUAUGGGGUCCCUGGAAGUCCCUUUAUCCAUCUACUGAUUAUUAUUGGUAAUAGCGGGUAGUAGUUAGGUAAUGUUUAGUCUCCUUCCGUUGAUUAACUUCUGUCAUUAUUGGCCCAUUGACCCUAGUGGUGUCGGAACCGAACAUCGUAUUGCCAGCACCAUCGGUCUCUUUUUUUUGGAACUUUGUGAAACUUCAUCGAUCUUUCUUUCUUUGGCUCUACGAUUUCCGCUGGUGCAAGUGGUUGCAAGAUUUCAAUCCGAAUAAGUUUGUGGCAUCUCGUAGUUUUCGAGGAUUAAACCGGAUUGAAAUCGUAUAGAAGUUGCGGAUCGUCGUCUUGUUGGUAGUAUUUUGCUUGGACGUCCCCGACAUUACAGCCUAGGCUGGAUUAAAGCUAACCAACCUAGCACCUGGCACUCUUCACCGCCACCCACGAUCAUCAGGCGUAAGUUUCACAAUUUAUUUCACACUUUGCAAGUAAUUAUGAACUCCGCAACUCAUUAUUUUGUUUUGUAGGGUUUCUGGUUCUGGUUUUGGUUUUGGAUUUGGUUUUCGUUUUGGAACCAGUUUUUGAUUGUUGGACUGGUUUUGGCUUCCCAUUUGGUACUGGCUUCCCUGGUUCCGGUUCAAUUGGAUUUGGUGCCUCCUUACAUCGUGGACGGCACGUGUUAUGAAUUCUGCAACCCAAGAAUUCGUCAAGUCUUCAAGUUAGCUCGGUUCAGGACGUUGCAGUGCAUAUCUCCUCGUCCAAGAGGAGAUAUGCAUGACUGGUGAACCCGUAGGCAGCAUACAGGACAGCCAUCUUAGAGCUUGCCCGACUCGUUCGUUGCUGGUAACUGGAGGAUCACAGAUAAGCCUCUAUUUACGUUUCGGGUAAUUUUAUUGCUAUUAAAUACAAAUUUCAAUUUUUAAAUAUCGAUAUAAAUUAAAGAGCUCAGUUAGGGUAAAGAUAAAGUACACAAUAAUAGAAACAUUUGUCUGUAAGAGUUAUUUGUAAACGAUCGAUCGUAACCAAGCUUCCUGUGCUUAGUGUGUACUUGAGCCAAUAUAUGGAGAUUUAAA